CAAGCAGUCAGACAAGACUAGGCGGAGGACCCAUGCUGUUGUCUUACUAGCCUGUUAACGGUACAUAGACAGCUAGCAGCAUACACCGGCAGGGGCAGCCCUGUCUCAUCAGUUAGCAUUUUGAUGGUUGGUGGCCUUUCAUUAACUUUAACGGAAUUAUUACUUUUCACUGACCCUUUACCUUUUUUUUCUUGGACUCGCCUAGCUUGGUAGCCUAGGUAGCUAGACGAACUGGCUAUCCCAUGUCCCGCCGACCCUGGCUGGUAAGAAUAAGAUGACUGGCCUGCUAUGUUUCCGGGCUACUGCUAGCUGGAGCAAUCAGCCGCUUUGAGAAACUGGCAAUCAAAUGGAACCGCCGAUUUAAAAGUUAAGAUCCUCUUAGACGGCCAGGCCAAGUACAGUAACGUUAAGCUUUCUUGCUUGUUGGCUAGAGACUAGCUUUCUGGCUUAGUAUUACCAGGCUAACAUAAUAAAAAGAUAGUUGAAUGCCAAGUCAGUGCUUGCUAACUAGCUAGCUACUAACUGUAGAGAGUUAAUAUACACGUUUUACAGCAUUCGCAGCUACUAGCAAGCUAAUAAGAUCUUUUAGCAGAUAGUAAUACCUAGCUAACUUCAAAACCCAAUUAAUGUUGGGGUUAGGGAUUCAACAGAAAGCCUGCUCUACGCGAAGGGAAGGGUAAUCACUACUACUACUAGCUAGAGAAGCUAGCUACCUGACUCGGGUUGUAAUGCUGGUCGAAUAAAGGCAUAGGCUACGCUGAUCUGGACUUCUGCCUCGUCACCACCACAAUAUAAAACACAGUUCCCACCAUCCCACUCAAAUACAAAGACGGUCAUUAACAUGCCUCUUGGGCUGGGAAGAAGGAAGAAGGCGUCUCCAUUAGUGGAGAACGAGGAGGCUGAACCAAUUCGGGCGGGCCUUAAUGUACCCGGGAUGGACAGCUUGGAUGGUAGUGGUGUGGGGUUGGGACAGGGUGCCACCCAUGAGGGUUUGCCUCCUCCACCUAGCAGCCUGCGACCCCGCCUGAUCUUCCACACCCAGCUGGCCCACGGCAGUCCCACAGGACGCAUUGAGGGCUUUAGCAAUGUGCGGGAGCUCUAUGCCAAGAUUGGAGAGGCUUUUGGAAUCCCCCCUGCUGAGGUCAUGUUCUGCACACUGAACACUCACAAGGUGGACAUGGACAAGUUGUUGGGAGGUCAGAUUGGCUUGGAAGACUUUAUCUUUGCCCAUAUUAAAGGCCAAAGGAAGGAGGUGGAGGUGUACAAGGGAGAGGAUGCUCUGGGACUGACCAUCACGGACAACGGAGCAGGCUACGCCUUCAUCAAGAGAAUACGAGAGGGAAGCGUCAUCCACCAGAUCCAGGUCAUCAGCGUGGGAGACAUGAUCGAGUCCAUCAACGGACGGGGGCUCAUUGGCAGCCGGCACUACGAGGUGGCCAAGAUGCUGAAGGAGCUGCCCAAGGGGAAGGACUUCUGCCUGAAACUUGUGGAGCCCCUUAAAGCCUUCGACAUGAUCAGCCAGAGGUCUGGAGGGGCAAGAUCGGGCUCAGGGACCCAGCUGGGGACGGGAAGGGGGACCCUGCGGCUGCGCUCCAAGGGCCCUGCCACUGUAGAGGAGCUGCCCUCUGCAUUUGAGGAGAAAGCCAUUGAGAAGGUGGAUGACCUUCUUGAGAACUACAUGGGCAUCAGAGACAGCGAGCUCGCGGCCACAAUGGUGGAGUUAGGGAAGGACAAGAAGAACCCCGAUGAGUUCGCUCAGGCCUUGGAUGAGACUCUGGGAGACUUUGCCUUCCCCGACGAAUUUGUGUUUGACGUCUGGGGCGCCAUUGGCGACGCGAAGGUCGGCCGGCUGUAACCGCGGAAACCGACGGGACCGGCGGAACACCUUGUGUGCAGUUCUGAAUGGCUGUGGCGCCCACAACAAACAGCACUACUAGGAAUCACCACGCUAGUCAUAUGUGUUUAUUUAGUUUCGUAUCAUGCAUUUUUUUCAUUCUUUUGUUUUAGUUUUUCCUGUGUACAUCUGCUAUUUUUUUUUUAUGUAGAGGGCACUUUUUUGGGAGAACAUCUAGGGGAAACUAUUUAGCUCAUGUCUUGGAAAGAAUCCACUGAUCGCUUACUUCGUCUCACAGUAUUAUGGACCUGAACCUCGGAUCAGACAAUUGAAUGCAGAACACGAGGUCCUUGUGUUGGAGCGAUUAAGUGCAUUAACGUCUCCCGGGCGGUCCAGGAUCCAGGAGCAGGGUUGUGGACUAGAAUGUUCCGUCUGACCACACCUACUUAACGGACGCCCAGGACCUCCUGUCCUCUUGCGUAAAGAAGACAGAGCACAAGUCAGGUCGGAGGCUCACAGGACUGUGGCUUAACACACGCGACCCUUCCAAGUUUCGUCCAACUAACUGUGACGUUUCACUUUUGCACUGUGUUGCACUGCGCUGUAUACAACCUUUCCCCCUCCCCCCAUCCCCGGCUGGCACUGUAUGUCCCAGAGGAGGCCACCGUAGUCACUGCCCAGAGCUGAACAGCCGGAUGGGCUGAACUGCAUGGAACUUUGCAGUGAGAGGUGGUCGAAGACACGCUAACCCAGGACUUCAUAUAGCUCUGUUUCAGUCUCUGUUACAGAUACUUUAAUAUGAUUCUCACUAGCAUGAGCUAUUAUGUUAUCUUAAUUGUGAUUUCUGGUAUAUUUUUAAUGUACUGUUGGUUAUGUGAAGGAAAUGUGCUGUGGAUACUGAAGGUUUACAGUGCAUUGGCACUCAAUAAUAAUGCAAAGGUCAGAUCUUCUUUUGCGGCUCCUCGCCUCGAAAACACUUGUGGUGUUUGCUGCAGUGACGGUGAACUCUAGAAUUGGGCUGCACUUAUCAGCCCCACACUGGAUGGUCCCUACAGAUCUGUCUUAUGCCAUACUCCAGAGUUGACUACAACUAUGUGGACAGGCUACCUUGUAUAAAAGAUACUGUAGAAUGGUAAGAAUUUGUCCAAUCCACAGAAAACAAUGGGUUGGUAACCCUAACUGGGAUCACUCUGUAAGCCUCAAUUUUUUUAAGGAAUGUUUUCAUCCUGAGUUUCUUUUCUUUUUCUUUUUUUUAUAAACCGUAUAUAUAAUAUGAAGUGAUGAUGUGAAGUAUGUGUCUUUGGAAAGUCACGAUAGGGUUGGAUACCUCGGUACAGACUUUGAGUCUGUAGAAAGGUCUGAACAUGCUUACCAUGUUCAAAGUGUCAGUAUUUCCAAUAAAGCACAAUUAGGGACCAAAUGGUCAUGAAGUCAAGGAUCUAAAAUGGAGCUCAUGGACCAAUAUAGUGAGGAUGGAAAUAUAUUGGAAUAAUAUUAUGCAGUUACAGAACAUAACACUAAUUCAAUAAAGGCUCUGGUGUUUUAUUGAAUGAUAUAAAUGAACCUGACCUCUGUCAUGGUAGUAGAAUAAUCAUACUGUUAUCCAACCAAACUACUUCCUCAGUCAUCUUGCUGUUGGUGAUGUCAUGAUGUUUAUAUGGGGAGAAAAACAUGCAAGUUGUUGAUCCCAACACAAAGUAAGGAGACUUUUUGGUGUUACAUUUUCAAUAUUCUUGCAGUCUAUUUGUGUAUGGACAUUUCUGUAGUUAAGUUUGAUGAUUUUUGUCCAGUAUUGUUGAAGUAUAUUUUAGAUGGUAACUGUCAUGCAAUUGAUACUAGACACUAACUGACUGAAGAGAAAACUUGUCAUUGGGAGGACUUUAUGUUACACUGUUUCAUGUCUGAUUAUAAUGGCAAUAAUAAUGGAAAUUAUGAAUCCUCA